AUGGCUGCUUCCGGGAUCCACUGUAUGCAGAUUAACUUGCAUCAUUGUAAAGGCGCUUCGGCGAUUCUAGCCAGGAACUUUGCAAGGAUGCAGGCAGCUAUAGCCUUUGUUCAAGAACCUUGGGUUUACAAAAGUAAGAUUAGAGGUCUAAGUGGCUGUGGGGUGCUAGUUAGUUCACCACAGGAACCAGUUCCAAGGGCUUGCCUGAUCUAUACAGGUCUAGAUGCUUUCCCUCUAUUGGAAUUAACUACCAGGGACUUAGUUGUUGUUAAGGCUAAGUACCUAGAAAAGAACGAAAAUAAAAGGGAGGUUGUAGUAGCUUCCGCAUAUUUUCCGGGAUCGGGGGAUGACCCCGAACCACCUACAGAGGUGGAGAAGUUGGUAGAUUACUGUCAACGGCAAGGUGGAGACCUUGUAAUCUACCCUUUGAUAAUAGGUUGUGAUGCCAAUGCGCACCAUGUCGUAUGGGGCAGCACUGACAUUAACGACAGGGGCAGAAGACUUAGAUUUUCUGAUAGAUACAGAUUUAGAUAUUUAAAAUCAGGGCUUAUAACGUUUAGAUUGGAAUCGAAGGAUCGGGAACAGGAGUGGGGACGUAAUCCCAGGAGUACUGACUGGGCUUCAUAUAUUGAAGACCUCAAGACCUCCAUGGCAUGCUUCCCCACUUCGUAUGGAACGCGGGAAGAGAUGGAACUUGCAGCGGAAUACCUGCGAGAUUCUAUUAUCUGCUCCUUUGAAAGGAAAUGUGUAGUUAAGAAAAUGGGCUUCAAUGGGGGUACCAAGAAACGUAGGCAUCAGCGAGCAUGGGAUGAAUAUCAUACCGCUCUCGAUUCUUGCAAGAAAGAAGUAGAGAGGACAAGGAGUGUCAGCUGGAGAAGUUUUUGCGAAGGAAUCGAGAGGGUACCAGAAGCAUCAAGACUUCAUAAAGUACUAGCUCGAGACCCAAUGGCAAAAUUAUCUACUAUUAAGCUGCCUAAUGGGCAGUAUGCCCAGGAUAAAAGGAAGUGUAUAAAGCACCUAAUGGAGGUAAACUUCCCGGACUUUAGAGAAGGUUCGGAGAACAGCCAUGGCAUAGGACAAGGUAGGAACCGAGAAUAUCGGGAACACUGGAAACUAGCAGCCAGGGUCGUAACUCCGGAAAGGAUUGAUUGGGCAAUAAGCACUUUCAAACCAUUUAAGGCUUCAGAGGGGGACGGGUCAUCGUGGGGACUAAGGCCUUAUAUAGUCAACUGGCUCUAUCAGAUGAUCUUAAAACCCAGGUUUCUUCACGCGGUUGUUGUUUGGUGGUCUAGGACUCAACUGAUAACGGUUAAAGAGAAACUGGACCAUUUGCAAGCAAUGAUUUUCAGGGGUAUUACGGGAGCUAUGAGAACCACGCCAACAGCUGCGUUGGGAUUCAUGCUAGCCGAAGUACCUCUGCAUAUUGCCGCGGUGAAAAAGGCGGCCUUGGGGGCUCUGAAAAAUCCUACAAUAGAAUCAAAACUCGUCUGGGAAUGCCGCAGCGUACUAGAUGAGUUGGGUUUAGCAAAUAAACUUGCAUUGAUUUGGGUACCGGGUCACUCGGGAAUCAAGGGUAAUGAAAGAGUAGACGUCUUGGCGAAAAUCGGUUCCGAGACGGAAUUUAUAGGUCCUGAACCAGCAGUGGCAAUAAUGCCGUGCUUGGUUAAGGGAGCCAUAGAAAGAUGGGGUCAAAAGGCUAGCACUCAACAAGAGGCGAGCGAGCGAUCUCCUAAAACUCGAUAA